AUGGAAUCAUCACCUGGCCACCGCCACCACCACUGUGGAGACUGGAACCUACAGAAAGGUGGAAGAAGGACCUACCGCCUGAGCCAUCACCAGAAGCUCAUACCAAGUUUCAACGCCGAGACUCCACCCAACGGCGCGGCAGCAGCGUAA